GAGAUGGAGGUUACAAGUCUGUGGUUGCAAUCUAUUAAAUAACAGAAAACUCGCCUAACAAUGCCAUCCACUGUCCCGAAUCCGUCCACCUUCCCUUUAGCGGAUAAACUGAUGGAGGACGAUGCAGAGAAAGAUUUUCUGCUCUCUAAAGCAACAUGUUUUAUCAUCAUUGGAAAACCAGGUGUUGGCAAAUCCACUCUUGCUAGAAAAUUAGCCAUGACUUGGAAUUGUGUCCUCAUUGAUGAUACAGAUAUUCUGAACAGCCACAUCAAUAAUGGGACAGAACAAGGUAUCCAGCUCUUUAAUAUUUUGGCUGAAGGGAAAACUGUUCCUGAAGAGAUGGUGGUCAAGUUAAUUGUUGAUCGGCUCAAUUCACCUGAUGUUGAACAUUAUGGUUAUGUCCUGGCCUGUUUGCCAUCAAUGUCAGAGGAGUGCCUGAAAAUUCAGGAGCAAAUCGACCUGAUUAAAAACCUUAGAAUGCCACCAGACUUCAUCAUCAACAUCAAGUGUCCAGACAGGGACCUGAUCCAAAGGCUGUCAGGUGAGCGUCAACAUCCUGAGACAGGCCUUGUGUUCCAGAGGGAGAAAUGGGACCCUGUGAAGAAAGAGUCACCCAUGAAAAGUAGCAACAUAGAGGAUGAGGAAGGGGAGGAAACAGAGGAUCUGGAGGAAGAGACGGAAGAGAUAGAGCUCCAGAAAGACAUGAUCACACAGCUAGUAAGAGUGAGAGAGAAUUAUCCAGAAAACGCCAACAGCAGGAUCAUACUCUAUAAGGACACCUUGCUCAGGCCUCUAGAGGAUUACAUGGCGGACCAUAAUCCCCCACACUUAUUUGAGUUGGAUGGAAACAAGGACCCAGAGGAGCUCUUUGUGUCAGUGAUGUCUCGUUUGGAGUCCAUGGCUGUGAAGCGUGCAGCUUUGCCUGUGCAUUUGAUGAUAGAGGACACAGAGUUUUCUGAUCAGAUGGACAUGGAGGAGCUAUUUCGAACUCUGUCCUCUUGUAAGAUCGUCGCACCAGGCUUUCGUUGGCGAAGAAGCCGAUGGUCCACUACCUGCCCUGUGGCGCUCAAAGAGGGCAGGGUCAUCAAGGGCAGACUUGAAUUCGCUGUUGGAUUCAUGGAUAAGAUGUACAUCCUGUCUUCUCUGGACGCUCUGCAGAAAUUCAUUACAAACCCUCGGCACUACCUGCUGCCGCCCAUGCCCUGCCUGCCAUGUAGGGUAUCUGUGAUCGGGCCACCGUGCUCAGGAAAGAGCACAAUGUGUGCACUACUAGCUAAGCAUUAUGGAGCUGUAGUGGUAGAUGUAAAAGCAAUGAUGGAGCAUACCCUGGCUACAUUCAGACAGGUCAUGCUGGACAAAGUGCGUCACGAUGCCACAUUUGCAGCCCUGGAGAAGGUCAGGGUCAAGAUGGAGCUUGAAGCUAAAGCAUCAGAGGUGACAGAAGAUCACCCAGAUGUUCAAGCUCUUGUAGAAGAAGCCAUGAAGGUGGCAGAACAGUCUCCUGCCACAGCUCCACAGGAGCUUUAUUUAGAGGCCCUGGAGAAGCACAUAAGAGAGAUUGAGGCUGAAGGUGAGGAUGCUGAAUUUAAAAGAGGUUGGAUACUGGACAACUUCCCCAGCACCAGAUCACAUCUGAUCAGCAUUGAGGAGCUACAUAAUGUUAUAAUGCCUGAAGUCCUAUUCUGUCUUCAAGACAAUGUUAGAGAGGGAAGGACCGUACUAACCAGGAUGUACGAACGGGAUAAGGAAGCGGUGGAUCGAGCUGUGCUGGCUCGCCUACGAGAAGAACGAAAACAGCAGAAGACACAAAACAGUCAUGAGACAUUGAAACACAAUGAGGACUCAAUGAAAGGUUCACAGCCUACUGACACCCAGUCAAAACUAGAGACAUUGCUUGAGGAGCCAGAUGGUACUCUUACUCAACAUCUCACAUAUGAACAGACACUUAAGGAGGGUUCUGAUAAGUCUGACGAAGGCAAAACUUCAGACUCAGUUGCAUUAAAUGAUGAGGUGGUGGUGCUACCAAAGGUGUGGGAAAAGGGUUAUCCUGACGGCCCGGAGAUGGAUGCCUUAAGUUUGCAGCUGAAGCAGUUUUUGAUGGAUUGGGAAAGCACUGAGCUUGCCAUCACCUGCAGUUGUGUUAAAGUGGACAUCAAUAACAAAACCCCUCAGGACAUCCUCCAAGAGAUGAUUUGCCAUAUGGAUCAGUCAUUUAAGUACACAGCCAUGAGGAUAUCUAGUGAAGAUCUGGAGGAGGAGGAAGAGGAUACACAUGCUUUGGCACAGGCUGAGAAACCAGAUGAUGUUUAUGAAGAAGAAGAACAAGAAUCAGAGGAGGAGGUCAGCUUUAAGAGGCAGCUGGGAGAUACUAAGAAUUUUUGUCCAGUCGUGCUGAAGGAGAAGGGUACACUGCUUCUGUGUCUGGAUGAAUACACUGCCAAGUACAGAGAGAAAGUCUAUUAUUUCUCCAGUGGAGAGGCACAAGAAAAGUUCUUACAGAACCCUGAACUCUACAUCUCAAGCACAGAACUAUUAAAGCCACCAGCGCUGCGGGUCUUCAUGCUUGGAGUGAGGGGCUCGGGGAAGACAACCAAUGGGAAGUGGCUUGCCGAGCAACUGGGAGUCUUCCACAUCCAGUUUCAAGAGCGGCUACAGGAGCUGAUCCUACGAAAGACCCAGAAACGUGUGCCAUAUGCAGAUGAUUCAGUACCCCCUGAGGAACCUCCAAAAGAGCUGCAGGCCUUGCUGGAGGCUUUGGGUCAGAGUACAGCAUCCCAUCCUGACCAGGAGGACAAGCCCAGUCAUGAGGAGAUUGCAUCUGGUAAUGCUGUCAAAAAGGAAGAUCUAGGAUUAACUGAAGAUGAGGAGGCCAUUAAAGCGUACCUGCAGGAUGGCGAUCCUCUCCCUCCAGAGAUAUUGGAAAAGGUUUUGUUACAAUGGUGGGACCAAGAACCCUACAAAUCCACAGGGUUUAUUCUGGAGGGCUUUCCUCAGAACCAAGAGGAGGUGUCCUUCAUGCUGGAGCAUCAUUUGUUUCCAGAUGUGGUGGCAGUCAUGUCAGUAGAGGUUGCUGAAGUGGUGCAGCGUCUGCUGCCUGCAAAGCUCAUGCUUUGGAGAGAGAGACAGGACCGCAGACAAGAACAAUUGCGUCUGGUCACCAAACUCAGGGAGGAAGCCAUCAACCAGAGAAGAUCUGAGCUCAUGGCUGAACGUGCACCCAAAAAUCCCAGCCAAAGUGUUGGACUCAAGCCUCCCAAAGAACAGGAGGAUGAGGAUAAAGAAGAUGUGGAAGAAGAAGCAGAGGAGAGGGAUGACCUGGAGCAGGAAUGGGAAGAGAUUGAAACCAUGUUGCUGGAGGAGUUUCCUCCUGUGGAGGAAGAGGAGGAAGAUGAUGAAGAAACAGAGACCAGUGCAAAAGAAAAGCUGGAGAUGGAGAUCAGUGGGAGGUUUGAGAGGGACGACAACAAUCUCAACAGUAUGGUGGACCUCCUAACAGACCACCAAAUUCCACGUCUGGUUAUAAGUGCUGGCCGCAUGCCCCGGAUUGUAAGGUACCAGCUCCUUCAGGGAAUCAAUCCUCUGCUGGUGAAUAGACCCUCCCUGUUUCAAAAGUGCCAGCCAAUCAGCUACAAUCUUGCGAGAAGACUUUUGUACUGCUCCUUCAAAUAUCCCAGUGCCUUUGGGUGCUGGGAUCCUGUAAGGCUUGCUGAAGGAGAUUUUAUCCAGCCUCUACAGGGCCCUUUCAAAGCCACCUUCCCUGUCAUCCUGCAUCAGUUCAUCUACUUCUUUGCGUCAAAGGAGACACGCAACACCUUCAUCCUCAACCCAAUCAAAUACCUCCGUCAACCAAAACCCAACCCUUCCCUACCCAUCAAACUGGCUAUCAUUGGCCCACCCAAAGCAGGCAAAACCACAGUGGCACAGAUGUUUGCAAGCGAGUAUGGUCUAGCUCGCCUCUCUAUUGGAAAUGCAGUACGAUUGGUACUCAACAACCAGGCCAAAACUGAUUUGGCUCAUCAGGUGCAGAAGCAUUUGAACCAGGGCCUGACCGUACCUGAUGAACUGGCUAUCCAGUGCCUGGAGGUGGCAGUAAUGAGUCUGGUUUGCGGCACUCGUGGGUUUGUAUUGGAUGGCUUCCCUAUGACCAAGCAUCAGGCUGAAUUAAUGAAAUCCUGCAGCAUUAUUCCUAUGCUAGUGAUUGAACUGCAGCUGGACACAUCAGAGGUGCUGAGAAGAGGCCUGGGAGAAAGGGGGAAAAACAAGAGGCCCUACCCAAUGCAUGAUAGCCCCCAGAUCCUAAACAUCCGCAUCUCUUGCUUCAGAAGGGAGGUUGAAGCUAUCAGGCUACACUUUCAGCAGCAGUAUCACAACUGGACUCCCAUUGAUGCUCACAGGAGCAAAUGGUGGGUGUGGGAACGAGUUUUAGAUGAGGUUCGCAUAGGCAUGAGACACAUUCGUUCUUACUUGGAAAGGAUUCACAAAGGCCAGGCAGCCUGUAUAUACAGACUGUGCAUUACCCCACGAGAGUUGCAGUCUCGGCUGGGCGAGUUUGGAGAGCACUGCCCAGUUAGCUUGGCUCUCCAUCGGCAUCUGGUGGACUGCUCCCAUAACACCUCACUGGAAUUUGCCGCAGAGUUCAGGGGUCACUUCUACAAAAUGGCCAGCAAGGAGUUCCUAGAGAGAUUUUUAGAGUCCCCAGACCAGUUUGUGGUUCCAGGCUGCCCCUACCCGCUUCCCCCUCCUUCACUUCUUCCUCAUAAGUUGAAUGCAGGCCAAGUGAAGAGCCGGUUCCCAGAACAGGUGGAGAUGAAGGGAUUUUGCCCUGUCACUUACCUGGACGGCCAACACAGAUAUGAAGCCUUGGUACGUGGAAACAUGGAGUAUGCUGUUGAGUAUCGAAACAGGAUCUAUAUCUUUGAGAAUGAGAAAAAGCAAGAGCGAUUUCUUCGGUCACCGGAGACUUACUGGGACCAGAAACUUCCACAUAAACUACCUCCCAUGGAAGAGCCAAUUUUGCUAACCUCUUUACCAAACCUGGGUUAUUUGGAACAAGGUCUGGCAGUACCCAUCAUCAAAGCCAUGACUGCAGUUGGUAACCUAAAGCCAAAGUUCCCUUUUCUCAGUGUGAAGAGAUCUGCUAUAUUGUACCUGGCCUUUCAUCUGAAAGCAAUCAACACCAAGAGCCCGGACUAUAUUCGUCAAAAGUACAAAAAGAAACUUAAACAUUUUGAGGAAGGCUGUGAGCUUCUCUCGUACCUGGGUACCACUAUGGGGAGGCACAGAUCUCCUUACGAUGUGCCCCCUGAUUUUACACUAAAGCUGGACAGGUUUCUGGCUCUGGAAAAGUCCACCAAAACAACCUCAGGCCUGAUAAAGCUUGGGGGCAGGUAGACAGCAAAUUUAAAUAAUAAAAACCUUGAGUCAGCAGUGCGACACGUCACAGUAUUUCAAGAUCAGUUUUGGUUGACAUUAAAUCAGUAAAAUAUGCAAGUAUACAAACAUUAUUACUUUAUUGUUCUGUUCAAUUGACAAUUCAAUGUGUGAAUGAUCUCAAUAAAUACGUUUU